AGACCGCGAGCUCCAGCAGACUCAAGACCGUCAACACCAGCAUCGAUUGCGCUCGCCGGCCGCUGGUUACGGAAGCGCAAAUGUCAGCCUGCCCGGCUAGUGUCUGCCCCGGUCUUCUUCGCCAGCGUCCAGAUUGCCUCUCACAGUCUCCACCGCGCAAACCCUGCGGCCACCGCUUCGUCUUCUCGCUGCUAGAAGAGCCUUUAAAAGCACCACCGCCACCCUGUUUCCCUCAUUCUUUCGCAGAUUCCCCUUCACUUCAGUCCAAUCUAGCGUUGGACUCUCUUUGGCCGCCGUAACCUCCGUCCAGCAGCGAACAUCCGCCUCCCACCCUUCCUCCGCGUUUAAAACUCCAAUAUCAAGCAGAAUGGCUCACUCCAAGGUCGUCAUCAUCGGCUCCGGCCCUGCCGCACACACCGCCGCCAUCUACCUCUCCAGAGCUGAGUUGAAGCCGGUUAUGUACGAGGGUAUGCUUGCUGGUGGCACCGCUGCCGGCGGUCAGCUCACCACCACCACCGAGGUCGAGAACUUCCCGGGUUUCCCCGAGGGUAUCACCGGCCCGGAGCUCAUGGACAACAUGCGCAAGCAGUCUGCCCGAUUCGGCACUGAGAUUAUCACCGAGACCAUCUCCAGAGUUGACCUCUCCUCUCGUCCAUUCAAGAUCUGGAAGGAGUACGCUGAUGGUCCCGAUGCCCCUCCUACCCGCACUGCCGAUGCCAUAAUCAUGGCUACCGGUGCCAACGCUAAGCGUCUGAACCUGGCCGGUGAGGAGAAGUACUGGCAGAACGGUGUCAGUGCCUGUGCUGUCUGCGACGGUGCCGUUCCAAUCUUCCGUAACAAGCCACUCUUCGUCAUUGGUGGUGGUGACUCCGCCGCUGAGGAGGCCAUGUUCUUGACCAAGUACGGCAGCAGCGUCACUGUCCUCGUCCGAAAGGACCAUCUCAGAGCCUCCAAGACCAUGGCCACUCGUCUUCUCAACCACGCCAAGGUCGAGGUCAAGUUUAACACUGUUGCCACUGAGAUUACCGGUGAAGCUGCGGAUGGCGGUCUGAUGACCCACUUGAAGAUCAAGAACGUCGUUACUGGCGCUGAGGAGGUUGUUCCUGCUAACGGUCUCUUCUAUGCCGUCGGCCAUGAGCCCGCCACCAAGAUCGUCAAGGACCAGGUUGAGUGUGAUGCGGAGGGAUACAUUGCUACCAAGCCCGGAACCAGCUUCACCAGCGUACUAGGUGUCUUUGCUGCAGGUGACGUCCAGGACAAGCGAUACCGACAGGCCAUUACCAGUGCAGGUAUGCAUUCUCACUUGUUCACCAGCAAAUUUUCACCAUAAAAACCCGUUGCUAAUAUGUAAUUCUUUAGGUUCUGGUUGUAUUGCAGCUCUUGAGGCUGAGAAGUACAUCUCCGAACUCGAGAGUGAAGCAGAGCCUGCUGCUGCCCAUGAAGCUGCUAUCAAAGAAGAUACCAACCCUCAGCUUUAAAUGUGCUUUUCUGCGUUGAAGCCCUCAUGACAUGAUUGCAUUGAUACAUUUCCUUUUAGAUUUCACACUUAUUAUGUAGAUAUCCCUGUUCUUUAUAGACAGAUGCUUGUGUUAUUCAAAAUCCUGCAUUGUCCAUCCCGCCAAUGAGCCAUUUGCAUCUGUAAAAUACCUGGAUUCCUCAAUACAGCACGUAGGAUCUGUGUUACUAUUCUAUUUUCCCAAGGACCCCAU